UGGUUAGCCUACAGCCUAUGAUAAAAUGGGAUGAUAUUUCAAACGAAAAGGUGUUAAAUCAAUGUUAAAUUCCAAUCUUGGGUGACCUAGACAGAUUUCCUUUACACAAGGCCACACCCUGUUUAAUGACAUCAUGUAACGGCUGAUGUCACAAAGCCACAAAUGUGACAUCAGUGCCUUACUGAAGAAGUCCAUUUCAGUUCAGUUUCAGUUCAUUAGGCUACAAUGCAAGCGACCAGAGCUGGUUAGCCUACAGCCUAUGAUAAAAUGGGAUGAUAUUUCAAACGAAAAGAAGAUAAUGGAUUCUAAUGAGGAUGCAACUGCACCGGAGAAGAGAAGCAUCACAUCUAAUAAUGCUUCUCCAUCUGCAGUUCAGCCAGCCUCCACAGAGCCCACAGCAGCAGAGGCUCACAUGGGAGUCCAUCAGCACUUACUUUCCACCUCCAGGAUCCAGAUGCAGAUGAUGCCAUUUUAUGAGUACAUUAUGGAUCUCAGUGAGGAGGAAUGGGAAUCAUUUGCUGAUGCUAUGAACAACCCUGUGACAAAGGCACAGUUUCUCACAGUGUGCGUGACCGUAGCGAAACAUUUUACUUUGAGUGCACUAAACAUCAUCAUCAUGCCAAGCCUUGCAAGAAGGCUAGGAGAGGACCCAGAAUUGUUGAAGGCACCAGACGAGGGCCAUGGCUCUGCAAACAUCAUCGGCACCAGUCCAAAAAACCCAUCUAUCAUUUACAUUGAGGAUGAUCUGGAUGUCAUGGAAGUUAAUAAGGGGGUAUUGACCAAGGUCAUUCAUAAAGCAGGUAGCAGGUCAUCUCUAAGAUCCUGUGAUGAGCCACCCAUGAGCUCACACAGUUCUUCUGGAAAGAGGUCCAGCACCUCCCUGCAGACUACUUUAGUACCCCAGCAUGGCAUCACAAAGGAACUUAUCCUGCACAAUGUCCAGAGGAGUCUUACUAAAUUGAAUGAAGCUGGCUUGACUGCAGCUUCAGAAGAAUGGAUUGACACCAUCGUGACAGAAGUCACACAUACAAUAGCUUCAACCUUUACCGAGACCAGGCCAGAUCUGCAAAACUCAUCAAGACGUGCACUUUCACUUCAAAAGACCAAGAGCAUUGAACUGAUGAAAAAUAUUUCUUUGAAGUUGAAAUCAUAUAUGGCUCAACAACAUAAGCCCUCAAAAACCCAGGCUUCUUCUCUUGUGGAAGACAAUUCCAUACUGGUCUCAACUACUGCAGAGGCAAUGACUACCAUCAUACAUGAAAUGGAAACAUGUUUGGAUGGAAAUGAAAAGAACCAUCCUGCUAAAAAACUACUAACGACCAUGAAGAGGGCUGUUAAAAUUCUGGCUUGCCAAAGUGUUUCUUCGAACCAUAUUCCUGCUCUUGAUACUGAUGACCUUGGUGAGCUCAACGUUUGUGAGGGAGAAAAGCUUGGCCAGAAUUCAGGCCAAUGUUCAAGUAUUGCAUUGGAGAGGCUCUCUAGUGACCAAUUCUGCACAAAGGCAAAGAAGGCUAUCAGUGAUGUUCUCACUGAAAAGGUCAAAGCUGUGCAUUCCACGUCCUCAACUGGACCUUGCUUUUCAUCUGGGUAUGUUCUUGAGAGUAACAUCAAUAUGGAAGACGAGGAUCUUUUCUCUAGCCACUCUCCUCAUUCAGUUUACUCUGUUGGUUCCAUGAUUGUCGAUGCAUUUGUGGAGGAGAUUACAUCUAUAGUAGAAUCCACUGAAUGUGCAAGAGAAUCAUUUCUAAAUGAGGAAACAGCAAGUGAAACCCCAUCUGGCGAGCCCUCGGUGGUACCAGAUGCACCCAAGAAUCAGACUGUUGAAGCGGCAAAAGGGCUUUACGACAAAGUCCAACUAAAGUUAAAGGAGUUUUUCAAGAACCCACUGAUUCUGUGGCGCAAAGGCAUGUCAACCCCUGAUAUCGAAACAAUAGAGGCCAUGCAGGUUAUGGAUGUUUUUUCUGCUCAGCACUCAGGUGUGCAACCAACCAGUACUUGCAGUGAGCAGUUGCUGCCCCGUACCAGGCCACUGCUUAGAAAAGUACAUAGUGAUGGCACACAUAGUGUGGCUUUAGGUGAGUUUUAUUUGACCCAGACUCAACUUGAUGAAUGCACAAGAGAUGCCUUGAAAGGGGUCCUUACCACCCUCUUGUCGAAGGAGGCUGAGGAACCAUGUGUACCUUCCAGUGCCCCUGCUGACACAUUUGUGGAAAAAGUAAUUUUCCAACUGGACGAUUUGAUCUCUUCAAGCUCUUCAAUGACCUUAGAGAGCAGCAGUGAUCACUCCAGCAAGUAUUCAUUUGAGAAUGUCACAAGGACUUACGAUUCAACAGGCAGAGAGUCCUCUUCUUUGGCAUGUCUUCAGAAACUGUCUUGUGAAGUUUUUCAAACAAAUGCUCUUAUGGCAGUAAGCGAAGCCGUACUUAAAACAGUCAGAAGCCAUAAUUCUAAAGGCACACUGGAUCAACCUUAUUUGCCAGAAAGGGUUCAGGUGAGCUCCUUCUUUUUCCUUCCAGUGGAAACAGAGACGUCUGACACUGACACAGACACACCUAAUGUAGAUGUAGAGUCUGCUGCAUCAAUCAUGGUAAAUCAGAUUUUGACUGACCUGCAGGGAUGUGUCGAGUCUAUGCAUUCAAUGAAGGUGGAAUGUGACAAGCCACAUAAGGAGAAUUUCUUCACUAAAGCUUCAAAAUUGUAUCACAAUCUGCUUAACAAAAUGGAAGAUUUUUUUACUCAAAUAUCUUUCAAGGGAAUAGGCUUGGUCAAACAACUAGUAAAAGAACCUACAAAAGAGCAAAAUUGCAACAGUGAGUUUGAGCAUCCCACUUCAGAAGAGCGCAACAUCCAGCCACUGGUUGAUCUCAAGGACGCCACCAAAGAAGUUCUGAGUAGGGUUUUGACAUUAUACAAAGACGAGAUGGUGGGUGAAAAUGCAGAGUGUGAUACAUCACAUGCUGUCUCAACUGAAGACAAAAAUAUAAUAAUGCAGCUUGAAGCUUAUUUUGCCCCACCUGAGUCACCUAUUCAAAGACUUGGUAAUGAGGAUUACACUGAUGAAACAGUCCCUUCACAUACAAAGCUUAGCCAGAAACUCUCAGAAGAUGAGUUUCAAAGUAAAGCCACCAAGCUUGUGAGCGAUGUUUUACUGCUCACUAUCAGGAAAUCAACAGACUCUCUUGAUUCACACAAAGUGGCUGGUGCUUUCAUUUCCAAGGCAGACCCACAAAUGGAGGUUCAGAAUGCUGCUUCUGAUUUAGUCACAGAAGUGACUAAUGUGGUGCAGAAACUUCUGGAUUCCACAGACACCCCUGAUAUUCCAGCAAGCCCAUGCUCUUACAUGAAAAAAUGCAUUGAUAAGGAUAUAGAACCUUCUGAAAUCAUCUCUCAAACAACUGAAGAUGCUGAUGUGAAAAUCUGGUCCAAAACUUGCAAAACAUUCCAGAGCUUCAGGAGAAAACUAAAAAAUGUGUUUGCCAAGUACCACCUCGCACACUCCAAAGUUGAGGACAAAGACAAAGAAGCCAUUAGCAAGGUGCUUGGUUUUAUUCUGGAGGAACUUGCGCAAUCUGUUGAUUUGGAUUAUUCAGAGGAACAGAUAACAGACAACGUUGAAGAGGAGGAUGACCAGUUAAUGAAAGAGCCACAAAAGUCAAAUUCUUACUCAUCCACUGCUUCCAAAAGCAAAUUAUCAAAAUUGAGGUCUGAGGUCUUAUCUGGUGCAGUACUCAGCCUUAGUGAGACACCUGCUGAAGCACCUCCUCUGCGACAUGUUUAUAGUGACAUGAAUGAUAUGGAUGAAAAUGAGUCCUCUCCUAUCAAUCGUGAUUCAAUUAUCAACAUUGUUAACACCAUCUCUGCUGAGCUGGUACAGAAUGACUCUCUCUCACCCGCUCAGGAUCUUACCUCAGUGGGGGAAAGGCUGGAGAGAUUGCUAUGUAAUGAUAGACUCAGCUCACUCUCCCACAAUCUUUGUAAUCUGAUUCACCAUCUUUACAUCAAGGACCAAAAAGGAAUGAUGGCCACAAAGUCUGUCUCUGAUUCUCUUCUUUUGAACUUAGGACAGAGUGGCAAAUUCCCCAAAAAUGAUAUUGUCAGACAGUUUGUUCAGAUAUAUGCUGAGGAGACGGUGAAGCAUUUUUUCCUUCCUUGCUUCAACAUUCCAUCACCUUGGAAAAUGGAUGUUGGAGGAGUUUUCCAACAUGCUUCAUCCUCUGCAUCUUGCCUCAGUUUUCUACAUUCUUUGUCUGAAAUAGUACCCCAAAGUGCCUCGAGAUCUCCUUCACAAAUACUGCAGAGCACUUUACAAGAUCUUCCUACAGUCAUGGCAAGGAAUGUGAUUAACCUGCUAGCCCCGACUCUGCAAACAACAGGGGAAUUAGAGGCCCAAACAGACCAGCAGCCAUUACCUGAUAAUAUGUGUCUUUUUAGCAGACCUUCUUCAGGUGAUCCGACACAGAUUUCAGCGACCAAGGAUAUUGGUAUGGGUUUCUCUUAUUCCUCUCUGAACCCAGUGGAUUCCACCUCAGAGGAUUACACCAACCUGGUCUCUAUAUUAGUCAUUAGACUACUUUCUAAGUUGAAGGAUCAAGAGUCACUCGCUGACGAUAUGUUGGACAUAUCUAGAGUGCUAAUUGACAGGAUAAUCACAGAAAUUGAUGCUGCCUUGGGCAUCGCAAAAAGUAAGGCAUGUCCACAUGAUGUGAGAAUCAGAAAAGUCUUCAAAACCAUUUACAAUGAUCUCCUGCAUGAGUUUGGCGGUAAGGAGAUUCUUCUGAAGGCGAUGAUGUCAGAGGAUCCUUGCUUUGAGACGUGUCUGGUCACCUCCCUAACACGUGAGUUCAUGCAAACCACUGAUAUGCCAAAUCCAAAGGAAGAGAAGACCAAGAAGUGGACACUUGGGUUCCUACCAAAAAUCUCCAAAAUCAAAACCUUUCUUGGUCUGAAGAAAUCAAAGUCAGGCAAUAAUGGAGAGGCGCAGUCCACUAACAUGGAUCAGAACUUGGAUCCGAUCUCUGCUCAUGCUGUUCCAACUGUCCUAUGUGCAGGCUGCCUACCAUGUGUUGCACCAGUUGCCUCGAGUGGCACGACUACAUCUGCUUCACCAGAGAAGAAACCUCGCAGGGGCUUUUUCUCCAGAAUCAUUUCCAGUUUAUCCAGAAAAUCCCCAAAGAUAUGCCCAGAGACACUUCAUUAAAAUUCCAAAAAACAUA